CACAUGCUACCAGUGCUUUGUUUUAUACGGAAUACCUUUACUUAGCUGGGUUUUUAAAAUGUUAUUUACAAGACUUGCAGUGCCGCUGAGGAGUCUUCAAAAGCUGACCAAGGCACACAGAUGGCAUCAUACUAGUUUGACAAAUGAGUUGAUUGAAAACAUGGACAAAAAAGCCACUUGGGACAGAUUCUACACAGAAAAUGGAAGCAAAGGCCAAUUCAAAAAUUUUGAGUGGUUCUUCGGGUUUCACUCAGUCAAGGACUUCAUUCUCCCUGUACUUCAAACCAUGUCUCAUUCCCACAGUGGCCCAUUGAACAUCCUGGACAUGGGUUGUGGCACAUCCGCAUUAGGACCUUGUAUCCACAGAACCUCUCCGUGUGCUGUGAAGGUCACCUGUGCUGAUAUCUCUCCAGUUGCAGUGAAACUUAUGCAGAAGCACACUGAUUCAACAUCAGUACAGCCAUGUAACCCAUCCUCUGCUCUUGCCUUUCUGGAGCUGGACUGCACACAGCUGAGAGGAUAUUUUGGGGCCAGAAGCCUGGACUUGAUAUUGGACAAAGGUACUACGGAUGCUUUAGUUAGGUCUAAAGAAGGUCAAGUAAAGGCUGGAGAGAUAGUGAGGCAAUGCUUACAGGUGCUGAAGCCCUCAGGUAGCCUCCUGCAGUUUUCAGAUGAGGAUCCUGAUGCAAGGCUUGUAUGGCUUGAGAGAGAAGUGAGAAGAGCUGAACCAGCAGCUGAUGUAGGAGUUCAAGAGGUGGGAGAAUUGAGAGGGGUCAGCUAUUUUUGCUAUCAGAUUUCUCCUCGUACUUCUGAAAAGGUGUCCAAGUCUUUGUACAAAAAUAUUGAACACUGAUAGCAUAAUCUUUUUUUGUUUUACACAAUGUACUUGCAUCAGAUGAACAGGAAACACUUUAACAAUUUUACGACUUUGGUAAAAAAAAAAAAAAAAAAAGUUUAUUUCAAAAUUAAAAAGAAAUGUUUUGUCCCGUGGUACUUAAUUUUUCCCAUCAGUGGCAAAUCAGUUACAAUACCACAUUGCAGUGUUUUUGUAUCAACAGAAUCAUAAUACAUUGAAAGGCUCUAUAAACAAGCAUCACUUAUAAGAA